GCAGUAUAUAAAAUGAUUUUUGAUUGGGCCACCUCAUCAGUGAAACAAUGAUGGAGACGAAAAGCAUGUUUCUUACCGGUCUAGCGGUUGUAUUUAUGCUUUUUCAAAUAAUUCACGCUGAUGGCGUUAAAGGAUCAAUUCAACUAAAUUCAGGCGUUUUCGAGAAAAUCCUUAGGAAACACAAAGCAGUGUUGGUCAAGUUUGAUGAGACGUACCCAUAUGGUGAGAAGCAGGACGCAUUCAAGGAGGUCGCUGCCGCAACACUGUCGCAGGACGACAUUCUAGUAUCUGAAGUCCAGGUCCAAGAUUAUGGUGAAAAGGAGAAUGCAGAUUUGGCAAAAAGGUUCGGUGUGACAAAAGAGGACUUCCCUGUCUAUUUACUCUUCUUAUCUGGAGAUGCAGAAAAUCCAAAGAAAUUCUUAGGCAAUGCCAAAAGUGCUGAUGAUGUCAAGAAAUUCCUUAUGAAGGAAUCAGGUCUUUGGCUUGGACUUCCAUCUUGCUUAGAAGAUUAUGAUAAAAAAGUGAAGGACUUUUUACAAGCCAGUGCUGAUAAACGUCCAGGCAUUUUAGCCACAGCAGAAGGAGAUGCUUCUAAAGAAACAGACGAAUCAACAAAGAGAUCUGCUGAAAUUUAUGUGAAAACAAUGAAAAAGAUUUUAGAAAAAGGAGACACUUUUGUUAAUUCAGAAAUUACAAGAGUAGAAAAAUUGAAAGACGGGAAAGUGAGUGAUAAAAAGAAAGAACAAUUAAACGAAAGACUUAAUAUUUUAACUUCUUUCCAGUUAAGUCAGCGGGAGGAACUGUAAUUGUAUCAUCUGUCACACGUCUGGGGCUUCCAUGUCUUAUUUUUACACCUUUUUGCACACAAAAAGUAACAUUUUGAUUUUGAGUCUACUUGUACCUACAGGUAUGGCCGUUAUACAUAUCAGUUUUGUAAUAAGCAAUCAACAAAGCAAAUAUACUUGUUUGUCACGAACGUUUUCAAGCAUUACGGCCAUUUUCAGGCGAUUUAUGUCAAUGUCCUGGUUACAAUAUUAUGAUGUAUACAAUAUAUUACAUUGCCAUACAUUUCAUGAACUCUCUUGUUUUGUAGACAUGAUACUUUCUACACAAAACAUAGUAACUUCAGUAUAACAGUUCGGCCACCUGACGACCCGUUUUUUUUUAUCUUGAAUCUUGUCUACACAGCUAUUUAGUAGAAUUACAUAGGAGGGUGCAAGUGGCACUUGUUGUGCGAAAACAGUGUAAUCAAAUAAAGAUUCAGAAUUUGUGACACUUGAAAGGAUACAGAAAAAGGUUUUCUGGCUUCUUUUGCUGAAAAUUCUAUUGGUGAUCAGGCAAAACAUAAUUAACCGACCUAUAGGUGUCAUUGAUGUAGUGCCACCAUAUUGAAAAGUCUUCAAAUCAUUCAAGAUAAACAAGACCAUCUUACAUAUCUGUAUACACUCAAAUGUGCAGGUAAGACAGAAAAAUCUCAAACAAAGGGGUAAGAAUGUCCUGUAUUAUAACUGUAAAACAUUUAUCGUAUAGAGACCCCCGGCCAUCUUAGGUCUAAUAGUCUCUAGUCAAGGUGAGAAGGAAGAGGGGAGGCAUCUAGUGGAAGUUAAUAUAAAAGGAAGGUGCCGACUACAGGUAGGUGUGAGAUAUCUCCACGACAUACCCUCAAACCUACCUUAUGGUAUUAAUGGAUAUGUUUUGGAAUUAAAUCAAAGAGUGGUCAUUAUUUUACAAGUGUUUGAAUAUACUGAUAUGCAUUUUCAUUUUGGUGUUGAAAGCUUGAUGCAUUAGACAUUUAGAAAACAAUAAACUGUUUGUUGAUAUGAA